AUGUUUCAGCUAAAUAUUGCUUCAAAUCGACUGGAGAGUCUGCGAAAUGAUAUCUUUGCUGGGCUGAGCGAGUUAUCAACUCUACGAGUGUCUAACAAUUCUAUCGAAACAUUGGAACCGGCUGCUUUUGCUGAUUUGGCAUUGGGUGAUGUCGAUUUGUCGCACAAUCGUCUCACCGAAGUUCCGCUAGCCAUAGGACGAUUAUUCAAGCUCAAAAAGGUCGAUCUCAGCCACAACAAGAUAAAAAAACUGCAUCAAUUUAUCUUCAACAAAAUCGCCCAUCUGCACACCAUCGACCUCAGCCAUAACGAGUUGCCAUCGGUCAGCCCCUAUGUGUUCUCUGAUUGUGCGUACUUGACCACACUGAAUCUGUCGCACAACCAUAUCUCACAGCUGUUCCAUGAUUCUCUGGCUAAAUGCCCGCUUUUGAAGCGAAUAGAUCUGUCCGACAACCGCUUAGGAUCCUUGGCCGAUGCUUUGUCCCAAGCAUCUGCCGUACGACGGCUGGAUGUGUCGCGGAAUCGUCUGGAGCUUCUCCAAUGGGAAGAACUUCCGCCCCGUCUAGAACACCUUGUGGCCGAUUCCAACGUCAUCACACUUCUCGGAGCAGCUAUCAAGUCUAAGUUCGUUAUUUUCGCUUUUUAA